ACGGAUUUGAAUUUUCAUAACAAAGAGCACAAAGGUCAAAAGGCGCUUGUUGUCAAGUGCAUAAAUUGGAGGACGCCUCAUUACCAUUGGGUCAUUACAAUAAUAUUUAAACUGAAAUUGCUACAGCUGCCGCCAGUGAAAGCCUGAAAGGUCUAACAGACGUCCCUAGAAGACUAGGGAAAUAAAGAAGCUAGUUAAGUUACCAAAAUGGAUACGCAUCUCGAUUCAAGCCAGGAAUACCGAGCGACAUUGCGAAGGGAAAAAUUCAAAGCAACGGCAAUAUGGAACGAUAUGGUGAAUCAUUUGAGAGGCAACGUUGUCGUCAAACGACGCCGUUGGAAGAUGAAGUCGUAUGAGGACUGUUUUCAAGGUUCAGAAGCGGUCACAGUUCUGCAAGACUUCGUGAAAGGCCAUCCUGAUUUGAGGCACACUGUGUCGCGAGCACAACUGAGAAAUCUCUGCCAGAUUUUUGUACAAAAGCGAAUCCUAGAAUCGGUCGAAGAUAAUCAGCGAGUCGAUUUCGACGAUGGAUCAAAAUUGUACCGAUUCGUGGACGUCGCGUACAGUAAAACUGGCCCGCAAGUUCGACAGGAUUUUAGAAGAGACAAAGCUUUGCUCCCGUUGAAGAAAGAAAUCUCGAUAAGAGAAGUUGACAUUUUAAGGCGUGAGAUUUCGGCGAUUCGUCUGCUACAGCUCGUUGAUAUCCCUAUGCUCGAAAAUCUUCUUGAAUCGUUUGAGAAUUAUGCCGACCACGAAGACGAUUACAUCGUAAAUGCCAAUUUGGAAAUUGAGCAAGCGAACAAGAUGGGAAGAGAACACUUGGACCAAACUCUAGAACUUUGCGACAACGAUCAGGAAAAAACAUGGCUGAAGGCUACCAUUGAAUGCUUUGACUUGCAAACGAAAUUCCCGCUUCCGAGAAGAACCGAAAUCGGGUUCCGAAAUUCAUGGAAUGACAGCAUUCUGGGAAUUUUUAAGACUUUGAUUGAUUACUAUCGAUCUAUCGUCGAGACGUUGUUUCCAGCGAACGUUGCGGAGGUUAUAUGCGAGGUUUCACGGUUGUUGCAAAGUUGUAAGUACACAGAAUGUCUGAAAGCAUUACAGUUAUUGGUGGUUUUAUUGCCCAUGAACAAAUCACAGCACUUGCAGAAGUUACUACAGUUCAUGUGCCUGUCGGUGGAUAAUAAUAUCCAACCUAUGGAAGGCGUUGAUUCAAGAGAAGGGGUUUGUGCCGUUUUUAUGGAUGCAAUCCUGCCGGAAUGCGAACAAUUGGAUAAGGUUGCAAGAUACUUUCUUGUGAACUUCAUGAUGGAAACGCACGCAAACCUCUUUCAUAUUCCAGAAGAUGUGCUGAAAUACCUUCAAGAAGCUCUUGAAGCAUUCGAGCAAGGCCGCACUGAUCUUCCUGCCAUCUCGUCAUGUCUUAGAGUAUCGGUGUUUGAUUACAAUCAACAAAAAGAACAAUGCACCAAUCAGCAAUUAGAACAACUAAUUAACCAAAUCUUGGACGACUUAACAAUGUCGUUGAAAGAAAAGAAGACGCUGUUGAAGAAUAUUCAAAAACAUCAUCCUGAAGUAUUUUUACAGCAGUUUCCAGAUGGAGAAAUAUAAAGCAGGCUGGUCCUGUUACACAUGAGUCAAAUCCCAUCGCUUCAAAUUAUACACACGUGGAAUCUGUGAGCACAAUUGAGUGACAUUUAGUAUGAGGUUGAUCUCGUCUUAACUUAGUCAGACCUGUCGGACAUAGAAAUAGUAGAGCACGGAUGUUACACCAAUGAAUGCACAAAAUUUCAACUAAUCAGUAAUAAAUAGUGAAGAUGGAGAAUUAAUAUAUUAUGUUAAUAUGUAUUAGAUUUAAUUUAAUAUGUUUAAGAAAUUAAGUUAUAAUGGAACCUUUUUCACUGAUAUACUUUUGUAGCUACUGUGAGUUAUGCAUGCUGUGUCUUAACUAUAGUUCAACGCUAAUUCACACCGUCGAAGCAAAUUUUCGGUGAAGAACUAGUUACAGCUAAUUGCGUCAAUAUGGUUUUUAGUAGGACUUGAAGGACAAAUAACUCGGUCUUUGUUCAGGUACAUUAUUACGUAUCCGCAAAACAUUUUCAAGCGAUUAAAACCGUGUGAGAUAUUUCAUAUGGGGAGACAUAUAUGUCUUAUAUAUAUAAAGCUUCUGAAUAUAUAUAUGUCCUUAUUAGGACUGAAUAUCAUGCAGGCUUUAUUUUACGGCCUAUAACCUUCUCCGCGAAAAAGAGAUGGAGAUAGGCAGAUAAAGAUGUUUUUGCUUCUGUGUCUAUUCUGUAUGACGCAAAAUCUUAAGAAAUGCAGCCAGAUUUUUUAAGAAAUUGAGUUGAUUUUCUAAAUGCUGCGAUAAUAAGUUC